AUGUCCUUAAACUUGCAACAGAGGCCAGAUGGCCAUAAUUGGAGAAAGAAGAAAGAUGGAAAGAUAGUGAAUGAGGCUCAUGAAAGACUCAAGAUUGAAAGUGGUGGUAAUCCAGGAAUUUUAUAUAAGACCCACCCCAAUAUCAACAAGGAAUUGUUUUCCAAUGAAAAUAUUUUGGGUCUCAAUGAUACAAAUUGGCCAUUUCCCAGUGGUGAUGGUGUUGGUCUCUUGAAGUGGAGAAUGCAAAAUGCAGAUGAGUCACUUGUGCCAUUAUCAAUUAACUGCUGGCCUUCUGUUUCUGGGAAUGAAACCUAUGUGAGCAUGGAGUAUGAAGCUUCAUCAAUGUUUGACUUGCAGAAUAUUGUGAUAUCUGCACCUCUUCCGCCUCUUAGAGAGUCACCAAGUGUACAACCGAUAGAUGGGACUAGAGGUGAAAGAUGA